AUGGUUUUGAUUUUAUUGUUUUCUCUACUAAUCGAGAUAACAAUAUCAGAACUACCCAACUUAGAGUCGAUAGACGAAGUACCAUUAUCCAAGUCGUUAGGAUUUUCUGGUAAGCGCCUCGGUCGGACCUUGGACGAUGCCCAUUUAGGUAAAGAAUUCAACGACUUGUAUCAAGAAAUGAUGAAGGCCAGUCAUGAAGUCGAAAAGCACGAUGUCCAUGACUUAACUAGACUGAAAGGUUUAGCUGAUCGAAGACGCUCCAUAAUGGCAUCUCCAGCGGGUAAAAGACGUGCCCGAUCUCAAGCUAUACGACGAGAAAAACUCAACAGCCAGAGCCUACGAAGUCACUUCGAACAUUCUAGACAAAAUAACAACCUAGACAGUGUAUAA